UCUUGGUGUCAGUAAUGGGGAGAGAGACGAUGGUGUGCAAGUCAUGGAACGAAAUUAAGAAACAUCUAAAUGAUACCGUUUCAAAUAGCAUAAUCGGUCGUUACUUCAAGUUAGAAUCAAGAAAAACAAAUUUCACAACCGAACUACGAGCAGCAACAGCCACAUUCCUCACCAUGGUUUACAUCAUUACCGUAAACGCCACCAUCCUAGCCGACUCUGGUGCCACUUGCUCCUUCCAUGACUGCUCCACGGUCUCCGGUUCUUCAUCGCCUAAACCAAACUGCGUCCUUGGCUCUAAUCAAGGCUACGAAGAAUGUCUUACGAGGGUCAAAAAGGACCUCGUCGUAGCCACUUCUUUGUCAGCCAUCGUGGGCUCAUUAGCUAUGGGGUUGUUGGCUAAUCUCCCAUUCGGACUUGCUCCUGGUAUGGGUGCCAACGCUUACAUCGCAUACGACGUAGUUGGUUUUCGCGGUUCCGGUUCAAUCUCUUACCAUACCGCUAUGGCCAUUGUGCUACUCGAGGGAUGCGCGUUUCUUGCAGUGUCUGCUUUAGGACUCCGCGGGAGACUGGCCCGUCUAAUCCCUCAAACGGUGAGACUAGCAUGCGCUGUUGGUAUCGGAAUGUUCAUUGCCUUUGUUGGUUUGCAGAUGAACCAAGGUGUUGGUCUUGUUGGACCCGAUAAGUCAACUUUAGUAACGUUGACCGCAUGCUCAGAGACAGAUCCCGUCACCGGAGCUUGUCUGGGAGGGAAAAUGGAGAGUCCUACGUUUUGGUUAGCAGUCGUCGGGUUUCUCAUAACGAGCUACGGUCUCAUGAAGAACGUCAAGGGGAGUAUGAUAUAUGGAAUCGUUUUCGUUACGGUUGUUUCUUGGUUUAGAAACACCCAAGUCACAACCUUUCCUCACACUCCUCUCGGGGAUUCAAACUAUAACUACUUCACCAAAGUUAUUGACUUUCACAAGAUCCAAUCUACGUUAGGAGCUAUAAGCUUCAUGGAGUUUACAAAGAGCGAGGUUUGGGUCGCCUUCGCUACUCUAUUUUACGUCGAUCUCCUUGGCACGACCGGAGUACUCUACACUAUGGCUGAGAUCGGAGGCUUCGUGGAGGAGGACGGAAAGUUCGAAGGAGAAUACACUGCCUACUUAGUGGACGCAGGCUCCUCCGUUGUGGGGUCAGCGUUAGGCGUUACAACGACAGCGACUUUUGUGGAAUCUUCGGCGGGUUUGAAAGAAGGAGGGAAAACGGGGUUAACGGCCGUAAUCAUCGGUAUGUACUUCUUGGUGUCCAUAUUCUUGACGCCCUUAGUGACUAACGUGCCUAGGUGGGCCGUGGGACCCUCGCUAGUGAUGGUUGGUGUGAUGAUGAUGGGAGUUGUGAAAGAUAUUAGAUGGGGAGAGACUAAAGAAGCCGUGACGGCGUUUAUAACGAUCUUGCUUAUGCCGUUGACUUAUUCCAUUGCUAAUGGGAUUAUUGCUGGUAUUGGUAUAUAUCUUGCUCUAAGCAUGUACGAUAUCGUUUCGGGACUCGUCGCCUGGCUUACCGGAGUUAGUAAGCGGGUCAUGAGAGAGCAUAAUCAAGUUUUCUCUGACGCGACCGUCGAGAUCGUAUGAUUUUUUUUUACGGUGAUUGAUGUCUCUAAACCGGUUUACUGGUCUGAGUGUACCGGAAGUGGUGGACGUUUCACAUUGUUGGUCGUCGGAUGACUCUGGAAAGACCCGUAAUGAAUGCUCAGUGGGUUUUAUUUUUAUUUUCCUUUGCUUUUUGUUGCUGUUGUUAUUUUGGUUUAGUUUGCGUAGUAGUGCCUAGUGAACUAGCAAUGGAUGCAUUAGCUGCCAUGAAGUGUUGUUAAAAUUCACGGCUGCUUGUGCAUGCAUUUUUUUUAUGUUUCAACCAAACGCU